UUCAAACCUAACGUUGGUUUCCAAUUUUUAGGCUGUAAUCCAACACCCACUUACCUGAGAGUAAGCCCUACUGAAUACAAUAGGACUUCUUUCUGUGUAGGUAUGCAUAGGAUUGCCCUUUUAAGUGGGGACAGCAUUCUAUUGUAACUGUUCAUGUUAUGGGCGAAAUAUGUCACUCAGGAUAUCACCAGUUAUAUGAAUAAAUACACAGAACUCCCUAACUUUUAAAGGGGAUAGUCUUUCCUUUCUAAUAUCUAGGCAGCAAAGGUACUGAGAUGUAAUAAUAAUAGCAACAACAAUAGCAGCAGCAGUACUCCUGAUUAUGUGAACCAAGUGCAGUGCAAAUAAGUGAAAAGCGCUCAGUUAUUAGCACAGGUAGGUGCUGGUUUUGAGAGGCACGUAUCCUUCAGGUAGGAUUAGACUGCAGUGCUAUGCACACUUACUUGGAGGCAAGCUCCACUGAACCUAGAGGGGCUUACUUCUGAGUAAACAUGCAUAUAAUGGGAAGAAAGCAGGGAGGGAAAGGCGGAACGGAAAAAGAGGAGCAGGCGUUUGAGUUUAAAUUAGGAUGGACUCUCUGGUGCGGCACCUUUUCUGACACCAACACAAUAAAGGCAUUGGGGUUAUAAUUUAUUAUCACAGCAGCAAUUACCACCAGUAGUCAUAAUAAUGGCAAUGUUUUAAUACACAAAAGCGCACCAGCGUGGAAGGAGGCAAACGGGACUGUAUUAGGGGGAAAUGUUACCUUCAGAAAUAAUAAGAUUUAAAAAGAGAAAUAAAGAUUCCGAAAGGACACUUUUGGGGAGUGUAGCCAUGGAAGUAUUUUAUUUCUGUAAAAGGUGAGCACGGAAUCAGAGCGCGUUACUCUUUCUUUUAUUUAUUUUUUUAAAAAAUCUGGGUGAGCUUAUCCUCCAUGCCGGCUAACUCUUCGUUUGCCCAGUAGGUGGCGCAGUCCGCCAACAAGGAGCCACCUCUGCUUUCUGAUUCCUCCCCCCUUCUUUCCUCCCCCUUUUGGAAGCCGCGCAUUGACAUGGGCCUAACGAUUCUCGGAUCGUCAUUAUUUGUAACCAUAGAGCAUGAAUUGCCUCUUGAGGUCAUCAGUGAGAAUUUACGACUGGUCAACAAAAGCACGUGAUUCCCAAACGCACCCCCCACCCCACCCCCAUAUUUGGCCGCAUACAUAGCAAAAACGAAGUACAGUGCAUCGCUAUAAUUCAUUAAUACAUCAUAAAUCCUCAAGCACAGGGGUUAUAACGACCACGAGCCCCACAAAUCAAGCCCUCCAAAAUACAACCCAAAUGAGUUCUUACUUUGUAAACUCGUUCUCAGGACGCUAUCCUAAUGCCCCAGACUAUCAGCUGUUAAAUUAUGGGACCGGCAGUUCCAUGAACGGAUCUUAUAGAGAUCCAGGCAACAUGCACGCCGGCUCUUAUGGUGGAUACAACUACAAUGGGAUGGAUCUGAGCAUCAGCCGUUCAACCUCCUCCUCCAGCCACUUUGCAACGGUUGGGGAGAGCUCCCGCGCCUUCCCUGCCCAAGCCGCGCCGGAGAGCAGGUUCAGACAGGCGUCGAGCUGCUCCUUGUCCUCUCCCGAGUCCCUCCCUUGCACCAGCACCAGCAGCAGCACCAGCAACAACAACAACAACAACAACGGCGGCGGAGGAGGAGGCGGCGGCGGCAGCGGCAGCAGCAACGGCGAGAGCCAUGGAGGCAAAGCAGCCGCGUCUUCCCCCGCCGACCAGGCAGCCUCGGUCGGCACGGCCAACGCCACCAGUUUCACAGAGAUAGACGAAACCAGCGCGUCCUCGGGAACCGAAGAGAGCGGCUCCCAAGUCAACAGCAACGGCGUCAGAGCUCAGGCAGAGCCCAUCGCCACGUCCACGCCAGCCACAGAAGGACAGAGCCCGCAGAUAUUCCCCUGGAUGCGAAAACUUCAUAUUAGCCAUGAUAUGACUGGACCGGAUGGUAAACGAGCGCGGACGGCGUACACUCGCUACCAGACCCUGGAACUGGAGAAGGAGUUUCACUUUAAUCGCUACCUCACCCGCAGAAGGCGAAUAGAAAUAGCCCACGCUUUGUGUCUCUCCGAAAGACAGAUAAAAAUCUGGUUCCAAAACAGGCGAAUGAAGUGGAAGAAAGAUAACAAACUCAAAAGUAUGAGUUUAGCGUCUGGUGGCAGCGCAUUCCAGCCUUAAAUUAUAUCAAGGGGGGAAUAGUAAGAAAUAGAAGUGUGGGGCGGGGGGGGGGGAGAAGUAAAGAAAGAAAGUGAGAAAGUUUAAAACUAAAACUAAAAAAAAAGCAACAGCCAGUCUUUUUUUUUUUUUAAGUUUGGAGUACUGUAAAGUGAAGCACUUUCCAUUCAGCAUGCUGUUGGUUGAUUUAUUAUAAUUAUUGUUAUUAAACAACUUCGGUGGUACUAUUAUUCCAGGACUGUGUCCUUUGCUACGAUUUCCCCCCUCUAAAUUAAAGUAAAUAAAAUAAAGUUAUUUCCAGAGGCUUCUUUAAUGCUUUAGGUGUUCUAAAUGUUUGUGUCUGUGCUAUAAAUGACGCUUUCUGGAAAAAGCUAGCAUGUUUUUUUGUUUUUUGUUUUUUAACGUGCUCUUUAAAUGUUAUAACUUAUUUAUAAACCACUGCGGAGAAGGAAAGAUGGCUCCUUUAAAAAGUUUAGGCUUUGGGAGGAGAGCUUUCCUCCUUUCCUUCUUCUCCAGUCGGGCUAUCCUGUACUUCAAUGUCAGAGGAAAAAAAUUAAAAACAUCAACCACAACAAACUUUUUUUAAAAAAAGAAAAAAAAUUACAGUAUAUCUAUAUAUAUAAGCUCAUGUAUCUUUCUGUCUUUGGAAUUGUCAAGUCUGUGAUUUGGUUCAUAUUUCCUGGCCUUGUUUUGAUCCUAGGCCAGUUCUGAAACUUUUUUUUUUAAAUAAAUGUGAGUGAAGUUCACUUAAAAAGGGUAUACGAUUGGACCAACCAUAGUAUGUUGAAAAUGUUUGUAAAUACUAGAAAUACUUCUGCAGUGACUAAUAGGAAGUUUUAGUGUGCAGGGUGAAUUCAGUGUUCUGUGUGUCUGAAAUGGCAUUUGUCAUGUUAGCUGCCUGUUCCCAUCUUCGCCAAGAAGCUUUUCGUAUCCGUUUGUAGCCUUAACUUGAAGUCAAAUAAACGUUUCUCCUGACCAGAAAAAAACACA